CACGAUUGACUUGUCGUGGUAACCGGUCGAGCUUUGCGUUUCACUGCCGUGGAUCUAUUCUUCCCUCUUUCUAUCUUUCCCCUCGAUAUCGGGAUACCUGGUGCAACUUAGAAAGAUAUGAUGCAAGCCAGCAUUUGGAAUUUGGUGACCACUUCUGUCAGGCCAACAUGCAUAAAGCGUGUUCUCCCAGGCAUGACAGCUGCUCAGCAGCGAAGGUAUGCCAGCACAAUGGAUGCAGAUUUAGUGGUGAUCGGAGCUGGCCCUGGUGGCUAUGUAGCAGCGAUUAAAGCUGCACAGCUGGGCAUGAAGACCGUAUGUGUAGAGAAGGACCCAACUCUGGGAGGCACGUGCCUCAAUGUUGGAUGCAUUCCGUCAAAAUCACUUUUAAACAAUUCACAUUACUAUCAUAUGGCACAUAGUGGAGAUCUGUCAAAUCGAGGAGUUAUAGUAUCAAACGUUAAACUUGACCUCGAGAAACUCAUGGAGCAGAAGAGAAACGUGGUCAAGGCGUUGACUGGCGGAAUAGCGGGCCUGUUCAAGAAGAACAAGAUCGAAUGGGUCAAGGGUCAUGGAAAAAUUACUGGCAAGAACCAAGUCACCGCUUUAAAGCCUGACGGAUCGGUAGAAUCGACCAUUAACACCAAAAAUAUCGUAAUAGCGACUGGUAGUGUAGUUUCACCUUUCCCUGGCAUUGAAAUCGACGAGAAACAAGUUGUCUCGUCAACGGGUGCGCUAUCGCUGAGCGAAGUUCCCAAGAGGCUCAUUGUCAUCGGUGCUGGCGUUAUUGGAUUGGAGUUGGGCUCGGUUUGGCAGAGGCUGGGCUCUGAUGUAACGGCCAUAGAGUACAUGCAGACGAUCGGUGGUAUGGGCAUAGAUAGGGAAGUCAGUCAGACCUUGCAAAAGGUCCUCGCGAAGCAGGGUCUGAAAUUCAAGCUGGGAACGAAAGUCAUGAGCGCGAGCAAACGUGGCAGCGAGGUUGUAGUCUCCGUCGAGGAUGCGAAGGAUCCCAGCAAGAAGGAGGAGUUGGCGUGUGAGGUAUUGUUGGUAUGCGUCGGCAGGAAACCGUACACGGACAACUUGGGCCUCGAAGACAUGGGCAUCGAAAGAGACGAGAAGGGGAGGAUACCUGUGAACAAUCGGUUCCAGACGGUAGUACCUAGUAUUUAUGCUAUCGGAGACUGUAUUCACGGACCGAUGUUGGCUCACAAAGCAGAGGACGAGGGCAUAAUCACAGUGGAGGGUAUUACCGGAGGUGCUGUUCACAUCGACUAUAACUGCGUGCCGAGCGUGAUAUACACGCACCCCGAGGUGGGUUGGGUCGGCAAAACGGAGGAAGAUUUGAAGAAGGAGGGUAUUGACUACAAAGUCGGCAAAUUCCCAUUCAUGGCAAACUCUCGAGCCAAGACCAACAUGGAGACCGACGGUUUCGCCAAGGUGCUUGCCGACAGCAACACAGAUAAAAUUCUAGGCGUUCAUAUGAUUGGCCCGGUUGCGGGCGAGCUCAUUAAUGAGGCAGUUCUCGCGAUGGAGUACGGUGCCAGUGCCGAAGAUGUUGCACGCGUAUGUCAUGCACAUCCGACAUGCGCCGAAGCACUCAGGGAAGCUCAUUUGGCAGCCUACUUCGGCAAACCUAUCAAUUUCUAAGUUUCCGUGGAGGAUGAGCAAAUUAUGCACUCGUUAGUCCAUACAUUCACCGCGUUUAGAGUCGAUCGAGAGUGAAUGACCACUUACGAAUUUCACCGGACAAUCGUAUCGCGCAGAUACGAUCUUUGCGGAUACGAUUUUUGCGCACGGCGAGAACGCGGCUCCAUCGACUUCUCAUCGUAGCCUGAAUCUAGUCUACGUGUCAGCGUCACGUAUGAACGUAUCGCGCUAAUUAUAGCGCGUCGCCGCUACAUCGUCGCAUAAGAAAUUACAUUUGUAAAUAAAAGUUGGAAACUAUGCGGAGAUAAAAUGGAUUUACCUCUGCCCACUGACUAUUGUAUUUAUUACAAAUAAACAAGAGAUGGGGCAACCAA